ACAACAACAGAAAAGGGAAGCAAAAAAAACCCUAGGAACGUAAGUAAAAAAGCGGCGCAGAAAAAGAAAAAGGGGUUAAAAGCAAAGAAAACGAGAGGAGCAGAUCAGAGAAGAGGACAUGAAAACAGAAGAAAAGAGAUCUAUUCCAUAACCAUUAAACCAUAAGCUCUCACCACACCAUUAAAGAACCAUAUAGCCAACAACCCCCCCCCCCCCCCCCUCCUUAACAAAAGCAGUGGCUCAAAUCUCAAAGGCCCUUCAGAAUUCAGCCGAAAUCAGCUUGUCUCCUUCACCGUUGAAACCAGCCAAAAUCCGAGUUUGAGAGGUCCGUUUGAGAUGAGAUCGAUUUUUUGUUAGUCGAGCUCCGAUCGAGGUGCUUGUUCGUGGCCCGGUCGCUCUUUAAGUUUCAAUUUGUCCAACAAACAAAGUUCAAAUUCAGUCUAAUAAAAAGGAGCCUGUUAAUGAUGGAGAUAAUAUAAUCAAAUUCUGUGAUGAGACUGGCUUACUAGAAGCUUUGGAUGAAACUAUCAACAGUAUAAGAAAAAAUCACCUUAAAGUGCUCACAAAGUACACUCACCCAAUGAUAGUUGCUUUUGUAAGUCUAUGGGGUAUUAUGGUAUAUCAUUAUUUAGAAUGUGGCAUAUUUCUAAUUGUUGUACAAAGAUUUGUCAGGUUAUCAAACCAAGCAUUGUUGGGGGUUCUGGAAAUGAAGCAUUGCUUGCACAAUGGGCCCAUCAGCAGGGAAAGAGUAAUGUAGUAGUGUUUCUUGGUGGCUUCCAUGGAAUAGGAGGGGAUCAGAUCUCUAUUAUGAAGGCUAUCUCAGGCUCAACAAAAUGCAUUGAAGUGGACCUACAUGGUUUAGAGGAACCAAGGUUGUCAAUUAUGGCCUUUGUAAAUAUAUUGCAGCAGUUGUUUGACAGUCUACAAUGUCAAAAAGUUAUUCUUGUUGGAUAUUCUAUGGGAGCAAGGAUUUCACUCUACAUGGCUCUAAAAUACAAUGACAAGAAGGUUGCUGGAGCUGUUAUAAUAUCUGGAAGUCCGGGAUUGAUAGAUGAAGAUGCAAGAAAAGUCCGUAGGGCCAAGGAUGAUUUUUCAGCCUGCUUAUUCUGGAGAUCUAUGGAAUAGGGAGACAUGGUGUAGAAGAGGCUGCCAUGGAUGUGCAGCCCUCUCCCCAGCUUCAAGCUCUUGGAUAGACGAUUAAAAACAUCAAUUCAAUAUCAACAUAUGCAGCGCUACUGGAAAACAAACAAACUGGACAAGUUCCGAUAAAAAUUGAGCUAAAAUAGGUGGAGCUCGUUCAUGGUGAAGCUACGAUCAAAUGUACAAUGGAGGAAGUACAUCAAUAUGCUAAGGAGGAAGGGUUACAUCAAGGUGUGGUAAUUAAAUUCUCACAAGAUCAAUAUGAUAUGUAAGAAAUUCAAAAACUGUUGCCUAAACAAUUCGGAACUCAAGGUCGCUGCCUCGUCGGUUGGCUUGCAAAAAGACAUGUGUGCAAGGUGAAAUUGGAGGAUCCAAUUUUCUCGUCAUUAUGAUGCCUCGCGAACAUACUUUCCCAAGGCUCGAGACUAGGGUCGAGGUUCACCUUCGAGGGCUGUCGAUGCUCGACCUCGGGGAAAUGCAAGCCAAUGGCUAUAUUGGAAAAUAGGGGAGUUCCCAAAGUCUGUCAGGCUAUUCUGAGCCCGCACCAUGAAAUCGACUAGCUAUCCCAUCUCCAUAUCUUUGUAAUAAAUGCAUUUGUACUAUGAUAUGAUCCCUCAUUUUUCUAUAUAAAGGGGGUCCUUACCACAUUGUAAGGAUUGAUUUCUCCACACUAAAUAAACAAGAACAUUCUCUCUGCUCUCUAACAUACUCUCUUGAGAUUAUUACUUCCAUUUACUAUCUUCGUUAUUGUUCAUCAUUUAUUUCUUGUCAUUGGCUAUAAAGAGCCUUCACUGAUUUUAUUGUAACUAUUAGUCAUACUUCGACCACCUUCGAUAGCUCCUAUCCGAGCUUCGGAAUCAACCUCGAGGCCCCCGAAUCGACAAG